UCGUGCGCGCUACUUCCAAGAGAACAAUUUGUUCCAAAGACAAGUAAGGUACAGAGCUGAGGGUACUUAGAACUUGACUUUCGCCGAUCCCCUUGAAUUUUGUUUUGCCCCUGAACUCCGGUGAGUUUUAAAAAGAGAGAUUGAGGCUGUAGAUUUCUGCAACUGUGCUCAUUUAAAUCCAAUUCACUCUCAAGUGAAGCAGUCCUACAUUGCUAGGAGACGGGGAAAGAAAAUACAUCCAUCUGAUAUCUGCAACACCGCAGCAGUUUGUAAUCUGCAAGCGCCGUCUCCGUCGCAUAUGGGCUCCUAUAAGCACAACCCAGCAAUUGUCGGAUGCUGAGCCACCAACAGAACUAAAAUCAUGCAAGAUCAAAAGCUACCUUGUGUUUUGAUAAAUAGUUUUGAAGAACCAUAUUGUGUGAAUGAAGAUCAUGUAGCAGAUCUCAAGAAACAAUUUAAUCUUGUCACCAUGCAAGAAUUUCUUGAAAACAAAACACAUUUCAGUCAAAAAAUACAAGCUAUAUACAUAUGGGGAGGGAAACCAGUUAUUGACAAGGAGCUACUGCAGAGCCUACCUACCUUGAAGAUUAUUGUGAACCCAGGAGCAGGCCUGGAUCAUCUGGACCUGAACUUGAUUGCCAGCUUUGGUGUGAAACUGGCCAACACUCCACAUGCUGUUACUAACAGCACUGCAGAUAUAGGGAUGGCUUUACUUUUGGCAUCAGCCCGGAGAAUAUUAGAAGGGAACAAGGUAGCUACUUCACCAGACACCAAGUCCUUUUCUGUUAAUUGGAUGGGACAAGAAGUGACUGGCUCUACUCUGGGAAUCGUAGGUAUGGGCAACAUUGGCUAUAAGGUUGCUCAGCGAGCCAAAGCAUUUGAAAUGAAGAUUCUAUAUCACAAUAGGAACCGCAGGAAGGUGGAAGAGGAACAGGCAGUUGGAGCCCAUUACUGUGCAAAGUUGGAUGAGCUGCUGCAGCAAUCAGACUUUGUAAUGCUGGUUGUCUCUCUGACACACCAGACUUAUAAGUUGAUUGGAAAGAGGGAACUAGGACUAAUGAAACCCACUGCUAUUCUUAUAAACAUUGGCAGAGGUCAAUUAGUUGAUCAAGAUGCCCUAGUUGAAGCUCUUCAAACUGGGAUUAUCAAAGCAGCAGGACUGGAUGUGACUUAUCCUGAACCCCUGCCAAGAUCUCAUCCUUUGUUAAAGUUAAAGAAUGUUAUCAUAACACCUCAUAUUGGAAGUGCAACUCAUCAAACUCGACGUCUCAUGAUGGAAAAUAUGGUUGAAAGCCUUCUGGCUGCUUUCAGUGGUCUUUCUAUUCCUAAUGAAGUACAUCUUAAAUGAUUUGGGUGAAGAGAUCAUAAUGAUGAAAACUUGACAGAUUAAAUGACAAAAGCUUAUUUUUACUUUGCAUCCUUUAUAUAUCCUAGUACUUUGUGAAAUUAAAACUCAUAGAUUUUCAUUUUAUUAUGUUUGAAGAGCUAACAGAGAAUAUGUAUUCCCCAAAAUCCUUCAGAAUCUAACACUGUGCUGAAUAUAAGUAAUAUAUCUUUGAUAAUUGUCUGUUAUUCUAUCUUCAUGGAAUCUGCAGUUUUCAAAACUUACCUACCAAAAAAAGCAAACAUGGUAGAUAAGGCAGGAAAGAAAUACACUGAAGUGGAUAAAGAAAGGAAUGAUGAAACCAAAAAGUAGAAAGAAAUGCAAAAACAUUUGGUAAGCAUUGACAGUUCAGGCCUAUCGCUAACCAAAAUUGCAGAGUAGGCCGGGUUAUUUUUCCAUUCCUAUUUUUGCCUUAUAGGCAUCCUCUUUAAUCAAUGUUCUUUGACUAUUCUGGAGGGGACCCAAUAACUGUAUAAUGAAAAUAAUUAUAAUAAAUAAUUAUAUUAAUUUGGCGUAA